GAUUCAAGCAGAGCCAGCGUAAAAACCGUGACCACGUGACCCAACCUCCGCCAAUGUCCCUCUGUAGUUUAUUCAGCAUGAUGGCUGCUGAUGCUGCGGUAGCUUCCUCCUCACCUCAUCGCAUCUCACCUCAUCCCUGCCGCCUGCUGUCGUUUCACCUCUUUACCUUUCUCAUCCUCCUCUUCUUUCUCCCAGCCCAGGCGAAGGGAUUGCUUGGCGUCCGCCCAGAGGACACUAAAGCCGGGGAUCUGUCAGUGCAGGACGGGCUGCUCCAGGCGACCGAGGGUACGCGGUUCAUGCUGCGGGUUUACUACGCAGCAUCCUCGGUUACACAGACAGCCAACAACCACUCUGGGAGUGGGAGACCAGAAGCUGACGCUGCCGCACCAUGGAUCGCAUUCAUAGAAGAACCAGGUGGAGAGCGAAAGCGAGGAGAGGGGGAGGGACUGAUCCCUUCCAAACGGAACCCGUGCGUGGACGAGCUCGCUCGGAGUUCUGACAUCGAGCUGCUGGGUUCCUUCAGGUCUGCGUCCAGCCACAACUCUGUUCUAGUGGAGCUGCUCGCCAAAGACCUGCGCAAAGAUGAGCGGAUCAAAUACUACUCCAUGUGCGCGUUUGACGGAGUGAAGUGGGAGCAUUUCAGCACCAGAGACUUCUGGCUAGCGGUGGUGGAGCGACCCCCGCAUGCGGAUGUGUGGCUCCAGUUGGGGGUGUCGGUGAUUUUAUUGGGACUCUCUGCGCUUUGCAGCGGGCUGAACAUCAGUAUGCUAGCCAUGGAUCCCGUCGAGCUCCGCGUUCUCCAAAACAGCGGCACCGAGAAGGAACAAAAAUACGCACACAAGAUCGAAUCCGUGCGUAAACAUGGCAACUACAUCCUAUGUACUGUGGUACUGGGAAACGUGCUGACCAACACCUGUUUCGUGGUGUGGAUGUGCCAGAUUAUAGGGAUGACUCCCACCUCCCUUGCUACCUGCACUUUCGGUAUAUUCUUCAUAGGAGAGAUCCUGCCUCACUCUGUGGCAUCCAGACACAGCCUCGCCAUCGCCUCCAAAACAGUCUGGGCCACCCGGCUUCUAAUGCUGGUCUCCUUCCCCAUCUCCUACCCCGUCUCCAAGCUCCUAGACAUCAUGCUUCACCAGGAGAUCAGUAACUUCUACACCAGAGAGAAACUGGUGGCCAUGCUGCGCGUCACAGACCCCUACCACGACCUGGUCAAAGAGGAACUAAACAUCAUCCAGGGCGCUCUGGAGUUACGCACCAAGACCGUAGAACAAGUUCACACCCCGCUGGCGGACUGUUAUAUGCUCUCCUCAGAUGCUGUUCUAGACUUCUGUACCAUGUCUGACAUCAUGCAGAGCGGGUUCACCCGGAUCCCGGUCUAUGAGAACGACAGGUCCAACAUCGUUGAUAUCCUCUUCGUCAAAGACCUGGCGUUCGUGGACCCGGAUGACUGCACCCCGCUGAAGACCAUCACCCAGUUCUACAAACACCCCAUGCACUGUGUGUUCAGAGACACCAAACUGGAUGUGAUGCUGGAGGAGUUCAAGAGAGGUAAAUCCCACCUGGCUAUAGUCCACAGGGUGAACAGUGAGGGGGAGGGGGACCCCUUUUAUGAGGUCCUGGGAAUUGUUACUUUGGAGGACGUUAUCGAAGAAAUCAUCAAGUCUGAGAUUGUGGACGAGACAGACCUCUACACUGAUAAAAGGACUAAGAGGCGUGUGUCUCAUCAUGAGAGGAAGCAACAUGACUUCUCUAUCUUUAAAAUGUCAGAGAAUGAGAUGAAGGUGAAGAUGUCUCCUCAACUGCUGCUAGCUACACACCGCUUCCUGGCCACAGAAGUGGAGCCCUUCAAGCCAUGUCAUCUCUCAGAGAAGAUUCUCCUUUGUCUGAUCAAACACCCCAGUGUCGUUCAGGAACUUAAGUUUGACAGGAAGAACAAAGGAGCACCACAGCACUUCCUGUAUAUGAGGAACAAACCUGUCGACUACUUUGUCCUGAUUUUACAGGGUAAAGUUGAGGUGGAGAUUGGUAAGGAGGCUCUUCGUUUUGAGAACGGCGCUUUCUCCUACUAUGGCAUGCCAGCCCUCAUACCACCACUACCUAUAGUCAACAGGUUUGGUUCUGGUAGCAGUGGGUUGAACCAGUCAGACUCUGUCCUAUCAGGAGGCAGUGUGGGUCAGCUGAGUAUAGGAGGGGGAGGAGUCUACCUACCUGACUUCUCUGUCAGACAACUCACUGACCUACAGAUUAUUAAGAUCUCGAGGAACCACUACCAGAAUGCACUAACAGCCAGUCUUAUGGACAGUGUACCCCAGACCCCCGAUCCUGAGGGGAGACCCACCAUCCCUGAGACCCGCUCCCACAGCAUCGCACUACCCCUGACACACACAUACACUCACCUGCGACCCGUCCUGGAACGGCACACGCACACAGAGGACAACACUGGACCACUCACCUCACAGCUCAAUGAGAGGAAUCGCAUUGUCCGCAGUAAGUCAGAUGGACAGAGGAGCCCCAGUGACUCAGUGUUUCUACGGAUGGAUGACAUUCCCUACAUCCGAGAAGACCGACCGGAAGACUGUCAGGAAGACCAACCAGAGGAGCCACCAGAGAGGAAACCGGAAGACCUCCCGGAAGAUCGAACAAAAGACCGUCCGGAAGACUGUCCAGAAGACCGUCUGACAGAUUGUCUGGAAGGCCAUCCGGGAAAAUGGCUGGUAGAAUAUCCAGAAGACCAGCUGGUAGAAAUUCCAGAAGACCAGCUGGAAGACCAGCUGGAAAGCCAAGAAGAGAAUGGUAACAAGAGGAGUUCUUGAUGGGAGAAGAGAGUGGAAGAAGGCAUGGAGCAGUCAUCGUCGACCACCUAGCACAAAGCCAGAGAGAAGAGACAACGGGGAAGAUCUAGCACUGAUAAAAAAAACUAUUCCCUUCCUCCCAGUCUUCUACCCACUGGAGUAGAAGUUUAGUUGGGAACACACUGUAGUAUUUAGACAUCCAGAUGCUCAAGCCCUUUCUCUGAACUGUCCACUCCCCAGACCCAACCCCCUAACCCUGUAUACCCUCUGUCCACUACCCAGACCCCUAACCCUGGAUACCCUCUGUCCACUACCCAGACCCCUAUCCCUGU